UAUAAUUUUGAGAAAUCAAAACCAACCCACCAUUUGAUUUUCCGCCAUUAAUGGAAGAAAAAUGGAAGCUUUCCAGAAAGGAAUCUUCUUCUUCUUCUUCUUCUUCUUCUAAGUCCUUCUUCUCCAGAACCUCAUCCUCCAAGCUGCCAUUGUUAAGAAGCUUAUCCCACAAGCACACUCCCUCCGCCUCCUCCGCCAAGUCGCCCUCCGAUCUCCGCCGCAGCUCCUCCCAAAAAAGCCCCUCCAUUGGCCACAAAUGCAGCAGCUUGGCUAAGGAACAAAAGGCCAGAUUUUACAUCAUGCGACGAUGUGUCGCAAUGCUUGUCUGUUGGCAUAAACAUGGCGAUCCAUGAACAAAGUAAGCAUUUUUAGUCUCCAAAGAUCUUGGAUUUUUUUUUUUUUUUUUUUUUUUCGAUUAAAAAAUGUAAUUAGAUUUGUGGGUUAAUGUCGAUCUAGCUCCAAAUUUUGCUUAAUACCCUGUAAUAAUAGAGAGAAUAGUUAUUUAAAAAAUUUAAUUAGCCAUGGUGUUCUAUUGUUCAUCUAUUUACUUGGUUUCCCAUCUGGUUUUUUUUAUUGGAAGGUGCCAAAAAUGUACAUUUUAGUGGGGAUGUGAAACCCAAUAUGUCUAUACAUUCUCUUUCAAUUGGUGGAUUCA